CCCGCGUCUCUGUUAGUCAGCGGAGCGGCCGAGGCCGGACGUCGCGGCCGGAACGCGGAGCCGCGAGCAGGGCUGAGUAGCGGCCGCGGCCACCGCGGGACGGCGCCGCUCACCGCUACGGGCUUCCCGGUCGCCGUUGGCUGCAUUGCCGGGUUUUGAAUGCUGAGAUCUUGGACCAAGCCGUUCAGCGUGGGACAUAGCUCAGCUUUCCCGGACCCUAUGAUAAAUCUCCUGUGUUUCCUCGGUGAAUAUUUGGAUGAAGCCAUUAAACUAAUUGCUUGUCAUCAUGAGCAGAAGCAAGCGUGACAACAAUUUUUAUAGUGUAGAGAUUGGAGAUUCUACAUUCACAGUCCUAAAACGAUAUCAGAAUUUAAAACCUAUAGGCUCAGGAGCUCAAGGAAUAGUGUGUGCAGCUUAUGAUGCCAUUCUCGAAAGAAAUGUUGCAAUCAAGAAGCUCAGCCGGCCAUUUCAGAAUCAGACUCAUGCUAAGCGAGCCUACCGAGAACUAGUUCUUAUGAAAUGUGUUAAUCACAAAAAUAUAAUUGGCCUUUUGAAUGUUUUCACACCACAGAAAUCCCUAGAAGAAUUUCAAGAUGUUUACAUAGUCAUGGAGCUCAUGGAUGCAAAUCUUUGCCAAGUGAUUCAGAUGGAGUUAGAUCAUGAAAGAAUGUCCUACCUUCUCUAUCAAAUGCUGUGUGGAAUCAAGCACCUUCACUCUGCUGGAAUUAUUCACCGGGACUUAAAGCCUAGUAAUAUAGUAGUCAAAUCAGACUGCACUUUGAAGAUUCUUGAUUUUGGACUGGCGAGAACCGCAGGAACAAGUUUUAUGAUGACUCCUUAUGUUGUGACUCGAUACUACAGAGCGCCAGAGGUCAUUCUCGGCAUGGGCUACAAGGAGAACGUUGACAUUUGGUCAGUUGGGUGCAUCAUGGGAGAAAUGAUCAAAGGUGGUGUUUUGUUCCCAGGUACAGAUCAUAUUGAUCAGUGGAAUAAAGUUAUUGAACAGCUCGGAACACCGUGUCCUGAAUUCAUGAAGAAACUACAACCAACAGUAAGGACUUACGUUGAAAACAGACCUAAGUAUGCUGGCUAUAGCUUUGAGAAACUAUUCCCAGAUGUGCUUUUCCCAGCUGACUCGGAGCAUAACAAGCUUAAAGCCAGUCAGGCAAGGGAUUUGUUAUCCAAAAUGCUAGUAAUAGAUGCAUCCAAAAGGAUCUCAGUAGAUGAAGCUCUCCAGCACCCAUACAUCAACGUCUGGUAUGACCCUUCGGAAGCAGAAGCUCCACCACCAAAGAUCCCUGACAAGCAGUUAGAUGAGAGGGAGCACACAAUAGAAGAAUGGAAAGAACUGAUAUACAAGGAGGUGAUGGACUUGGAGGAGCGAACCAAGAAUGGAGUCAUAAGAGGACAGCCAUCUCCUUUAGGUGCAGCAGUGAUCAACGGCUCUCAGCACCCAUCGUCUUCGCCAUCUGUCAAUGAGGUGUCUUCAAUGUCCACAGACCCGACUCUGGCCUCGGAUACAGACAGCAGUCUCGAAGCAUCAGCUGGACCUCUAGGCUGCUGUAGAUGACUACUUGGGCCUUGG